AUGGCAAAGUUUGUAAUCGCAGGAAAAGCAAACUGUCCUCUAUUUGCCAAAUCAGAAAUAUUGGGAGAUUUCCUCCAAACGAACUUACCCAAUUUUACCGUUCAUAAAUGGCCUAUUGAAUCCGACAACUGGGAUAAUUGGCUAAAUGAAAUAUGUGAAAAAAAUAAAUGGACGUUAAAGAAACGAACAUCACCUUUAAUAUGGCGUGAACUAAUUGAUCGUGGUGGAAAAGGACUCGUCGUAGGUGGUGCUGAUGAUUUUCAAGAAUACGCCCAAUGCUACUAUGGCUCACUAUUGGAUAAUUUUAUGUCAGACUCAAGUAGUCUAUUCAAGAGAAUAGCCGAUGAAAAUUAUGAACGUUAUAAAUACGAUUUGGAAGAAAAAGAGUUAAUUGAACAAAAUUUAUCUCCCUAUAAUUUAUGUAUAAGUGGUGCUGAUCAUCCAUCGGUCUAUUAUUUAUUUCCCGAUAUACUAUCGUCAAAAGUAUUCACAAACAAAGAUUUAUUCAUUCGUUUAACAACAAAUGAUUCAAAAAAACAAUGUCUGUUAGAAGGUUUAGCGAUGGAAGUUCAAGAUUUAGCAUGUGAUCAAUUUUCUGUUAUUCAAGUUUAUUCGUCAGAUCAGCAAAAAUCUUUGACAACUAAACAACAAUUCAAUUCAAUAGAACGAACAACUUCCGCCGAUGGUACUGAUAACGCAUUUUCCGGUGCUGAUUUUGUUCUAUUAAUGGAUGAUUAUUUUUAUGAUCAAAAACAAGCUCAUUAUAAUACGCUUGUUAAAGAAACUUUACAGUUAAAAAAAAAAUUUGAUGAUGAAGGCCUGUUUGAAGAUGAACGUCAACAAUUUCAGCCAUAUGAUAUGAAAAAAGAUUGGAAUAGUGCCUAUGAUUAUUAUGUAAGAUUAGCAGAAAAAUUAGAUGCUGUUGUUAAACCGACAUGUAAAAUUUUAAUUGGUUGUCAAGAAUCAAUAAUGAUUGCAACACAAGCUUUUAUAAAUACAGUGCAAAAUGUGCAGAAAAAAAAUGUCGUCGGUUUAGCAAGAGCAAUCGAAAAUCAAGCUAAAGCAAGAGUUGGAAAACGAUUAAAUGUAGAUAUAUCAAGUAUUAUUGAUUUGCACAUCAUUGGUGAUUUGAAUGGUGAUUAUGUGAUUGAUACUGGCCGUUGUCAAAUAUCAGAAUAUGAUGGAGCUAUAUGGGCUAAAUCGUUUGUGCGAGACUCAGUAGAACUGAUAGCUGAUGCAAAAUGGAUAAGAGAAAAUUUAAGAAAAUCUGUGGAAAAUCGACUCCCAUCGAAAAAACCGGUUUGA